ACCGCCAGUGAGCAUGCGCGCGCUGGUUGUUGUCAGCGGUGGUUAUGGAGAUAGGAUGGCGUCGCGAGCUGUCAGCCUCUCGGUGAUAUUAGAGUGUCGACCAGAGGGAUGACCAGAAAGAUUGGAUUCAUCGUGGUCAGCUCUUCUGGACACGAGGACAACUUCAGUGCCACAGAACUGAUGGUCCAUGCACCUUCUGUCAGUGGCUGGAGAUCCACCAGGUUAUGCUCCUACCCUCAGCAGAUCACCAUUCAGCUGGUGGAGCGCUGCAGGGUGAGGAAGCUGCAGCUGCUGGCCCACCAGUACCUCAUCCCAACCAAGGUGGAGUUCCACAUCGGAGACACCCUCCCUGAUGCCAGCACCCCGGGGCUCGCUGGGCAUUUCCGCAGACUGGGGUAUGUCUGUUUAUCGGACAAUGAGAAGACAGGCUUCAAAGCCCGGGAGCUGAAGUCCAUCCACGUAGAUGCCAUCGGAUUGUACUUGAGAAUAACCUUCCACAGAAACCAUGUCAACCGCUACAACCUCUACAAUCAGGUUGCUUUGGUUGCCAUCAAUGUUCUGGGAGAUUCUUUGGAUGGCAAUGCUUUUAACACAAUUCCAAGCAGAGAGCAGCUGAUCGAGCACUACCUCAACACUACCCAGCUGGAUGCGACCUUGGACACGACCUACAUGGGUAAGUGUGAGUCCAUCUCUCCCCUGGACGACCUGGCCUUUGACAUGUACCAGGAUCCUGAAGUUGCCCACAUCAUCCGGCUUCUGGACCAGAGGAAGCAGGACAUGGUUCGCCAAGAAAAAUUUGAGCUGGCCAAGAGUCUGAAGCAGGCCAUUGCCGACCUACAGAAGGUCGGGGAGCAUUUGGCUCGCUAUGAUGUGGAGAAGCGCUGUGCCAUAGAGAAGGAAGACUAUGACCUGGCCAAGAGGAAGAAGGAGCAGAUGGAGGAGUACAGGAAGACAGUUUAUCAGCAGCUGGAGGUCCACAACCUGCUGGACAUGGCAACAAUCACCAAGACAGCAGAAUCUUCCUCAACCAAGGACCCUCCAUCCCUCCUGCCUUCUCCAGGCCACCAUUCAGUCGUCACCAAGCCCCAUAUUUCCUCAGAAACCAACAGGAGAGGGAGGAAAUCAAACCUUCCACAGGAACCAGUACCUGAGCCAGUCACUGUUACCCCCAAACCUACCAACCAGUCAGCAACACCCUGUUCCCACGCAGCUCUACCCAGGAUAGAUUGCUUUCAGGUCAACAGUGUGCCUUAUGAUGAGAGGCCACUACCAACCCUCCAGAGGAAAGACCGGCCAGAGGAGGCCACCCCCAGCCCUGCUGAGGAGCACUCUGAUACCCAAGGGAGUCCAUACAGCUCCAGGACACCUGGAGAGCUGGAGCCUCUGACAGAGAAGGCCCAGAGAGAGGCUAGUCUUCCUAUAGAGGUGUAUGGAGAUGGCCUGGUGGCCGGGGCUUAUUCGAAAUCCUGGUCCCACAGAGAAGAUGCCCUGCUGGCUGUUUACAAGAAGCUAAUGGAGGUAUUACCCGCUACUCCCAAAGAAGAGCUGAGAAAAAUUAUAAGAGCUGCGGUCUUCCUGGUUAAGAGGGGACUCCCGGAUAAAGUGUCAUCUGUUUUCCAGGCCUCUUUGAAGCUGUUGCGUCUGCUGCUGAGCCAGCUGAUCCCAGGCCUGGGGCUGGGACGGGCUGAGGUGGCCCACUGCCUGGAACAGACCUGGCCUAAUCUGUUGGCCAGGACUGGAGACUCAUCCAGCCGCAUCAGGGCAACAGCAACUGCCUUUAUACAGGAAAUUGCUGCUUUGAAGGAGGUGCGGGUCUUGCAAGUAAUCCCCAGUGAGUUGGUCAAGCCCUUCAAAUCAAACUUCCCCACCCGGCUGGCCCAGAGCCGGACUGAACUGCUGGAGAAGUUGCUUGCUGAUCUGGGCACAGAAAGCUCUGGCUUUACUCUGGACAAUGUCAUGACGUUCUGUACAGGGGCACUGGAGCACAAUGCAUCGGUGGUUAGAGAGCUGGCAGUCCGCAUUGUCUUAUCCAUGUACCAGCAGCACAGAAACGCUGUCCUCAGCUUCCUUCCAGCCAAUGAUGCUGCAACACGGAAGAACAUCCUCUACAAAAAUCUUUUCGAUAGCUUUGCCAGGAUCGACGGGAGGCUGGUGGAGACCCAGACUCAGAAGAAGAGAGAUGGCCAGCAAGAUGGACAACAGGAAAAGGAGGAGAUCCGAUCUCUGCAGGAGCAGCUGGCUGCUUUGAAGGAGAUCAGUGAAAAGGGCAAUGAAAGGACCAAAGCACAAACACGGGGGAAAGAAGCUCCCAUGGUUGAGAAAGAGUCUCCUAAGGCUGGCAAAACAGGUGUCACUCAGGAAUGUGAAAGCAAGUUAUCAGCUACAGAAUAUGACCAGCCAUCAGUUGUCAACUAUCUGGACAAUUUGUGCAUAUUCUGCGGUAAAAAGGAUGAGUCAUUCACAGAGGAUGGAUUGGACCUUCACUAUUGGAAGCAUUGUCCAAUGCUCCGACGCUGCGACGAAUGUAGACAGGUAGUUGAGAUUGCCAGCCUCACAGAGCACCUACUGGGUGAGUGUGAGAGCAGGUCCAAGUUCAGCCAAUGCCCACGAUGUUCAGAAGCUGUGGCCACUGAUGACCUGGCACGUCACACGCAGGGACCUGCCUGCAACCCCCCUGUCUCGGGUAAAGGCUCCAACCACUGUCCUUUGUGUCACAACAACUUCAGGCCUGGAGAGGAGGCCUGGAAGGCUCACCUCAUGGGCAGGGAGGGCUGUAAACAAAACUCACGGAGGACUGCGGUGUGCCAGAGAACCCAGCCAGCACAAGGUAAAGCCGUUGGCGGAGCGAGGUUGAAGCAGGCCUGGUCGGUGGGGGCCAGAGCCAAGCCCUUGGGCAGAGGCAGUCGUAUCCCGGCCCUUGCACCACGGGCUAGCAGGCACACCCCAGGCAAGCACUGAGGCUGCCUUGAGGCACCUCGGGGACCCGUACCCACCCAGAGGAGGAGCCCAGCGGCUUUAUAGAGCAACAUUUCCUGCAUAUACUGUAGGCACUGCUUUAAAAAAACUGAUAGAUUUGGAGAUAUUUGCCCCAAGAUUCUUAAAUGAAAAGCUGACCAAAACCUUCACAGUGGGCAAGAACCACCCCUCCCACUACCCCAAAACAAACAGGCAAACAUGCAAAUAAAUCAAUGAAUAACCCCAAAUGAUAGCUUAAAUAACAAAAUGGAACUAGAGCAGAGAAGGGCAUCCCAGCCCCACAAAUUUCCUACUGCAUUUUUAAUCUAAUGCCAAAGGGCAUGAGCACGCUACGGGCAUGGAAGUGAUGUCAUAUUGUGGAGAGGGUUGAAUUAGGGACCACAGACCCUCAGAUAGCCCGCAUCUUUAUUGAUAAAAUAAAGAGGAACACAACCGAGUUUGGGAAAUCAGAGAAACCAAAUCUUAAUCAUGAUGUCGAGAGGAGACACCGUGACAACAGUGGAGAAACAUUUGAUCAGUGGAGAAAGGUGAAGCUAGAGGAAGCAUUUUAUAGUGCUUACUCAGCUGGUAAGUUAGCUUGCUAGUGAGUCUAGGUGUGUUAUUUGUAGUAAAUGAUGUGGCAGUGGUGAAGUGGUUGGUAUAGUCACCUAAAAUGCCGCCAACUUACAGGAUUUUUUCAUUGUCACUUUUGGCUAGGCUGAGUCAAACCGUGCCGCGCUGAUUUGCAUUUCCAUACCAGUUUAAGCAUGUCGAGUUGGCACACCCGAGAUGGACCAUCUCCAAAGUAGGGCCAACUACCGAGUCAAACUGAGCCAGGCCAGCACGUGUGUAUGGAAAAAUAGCAUUAGGCUGCCAAUCAAACAAAGGAGUAGGAAUACUAAAAGCACACUGCCCCCAUGCGCACUGCGGACUGGGCCUUUAACUGCGUGUUGUUCCGUGCACUUUGAUGCACAUAGAUCAAAUCAAAUCAAAUCAAACUUAAUUUGUAGAGCACUUUUCAUACAUGCAAUGUAGCACAAAGUGCUUUACAUGUUUAAAAACACCCCUCGCCCCCCCUCCCCACCCCAACGAUGAGGCCUAAGACUUUACAGAUGUCUUUGAAGGCAAAAAAAUGUAUGUAUGAGUGAAAUGAGGAACGCAUCCACAGUGUUUACAUGGAAAACGCCAUUGUUCAUUUUUUAGGUUGGGUAUUGGGUAUGAUUUCUGGGAAAUCUCCCUCACACAGGAAGUGAUGAAUUUAAGCAGAAAACAAAACAAAACAAAAAAA